AUUGGCGAUCGUGCAGAGAGUCGCGACUGGUGACUAUCACGCAAUAAACAGUCUGCUGCUGCUUUCUUCCCUCUAGUCUUUGUAUAAUAUUGAGCGCAAGUGUGUGCUCACGACAAAUAAUCGACAGAAUGAGAUAAAAGUUUUAUGUGUAUUACAGUCUAAAAUUUUCGUUACAAUGGAGACUUGUAAAUUAGCGAAUCUACUUAUUUUUUCACUACUAGUCUUGUGUACUUCAGCUCUCGAAUUGCCAUCCACAGUGAAUCGAGUGACAGAUGGAACUAUCACAUCUAUAUCUUUAAAGACUUAUAACAGUUCCAGCGAUAAUGAUGAAGCAUUUUUGCAAUUAGUAUCCAUUGAUGGAAAUGCUAACUUUAAAAUUCAAGCUACCGAUAUACCUAGUGAUGUAUAUUUUGUUAUUAUACAAGUGCAUACAUAUAUGCACAAUGUGUCCAUGUCUUAUGACGUAGCUGUAAGUGAUCAUUUAACUGGAAAUCAUGUCAAUGGUUCAAAUAUUGGACUUUUAAUUGAAACGAAUGCAGCUACCAAUGCAGUUGUACGAGUUUCAAAUACAAAUUCUGAGAGUGUUGAGAGUCUUAUAGCUAUUUUAGCCUACACCAAAGAUGCUCCUCAGCCAGGUGGUUGCAACAUGGAGUUCAAUGUUGAAAAGUCUCCUUUUCAAAAGCUUACCUUUAAUGAUAAGACAAUAACUGUGGAUGCGCAACCGGCAUCCAUACCACCAGUCGGAGGUCUCCAACUGUCAUGUGAAAAGUUUCCUAUCGCUCACGAUGCCUAUAGAAUGUACAUGCCUGAGCACGAUUUCAGCAACGUUACUUACUUUACAUCCAUUGCAAAUAUGCUCACAGUGUCGGAUAUCGAAAAGAAUGCCGCCCUUAUCCCAGGAUCGAUAUUCAACUCGGCUAUGAGGCGGAUAUACAGUGUUUACCCCGGUACCGGAUCGGUGUACGGUAUGGUCGCGUAUUUCGGAGAAGCUUCUUCGGCUUACGUACCAAUCGUUACUUACGGAUGUGACAGUUCUUCCUGGGCUAACUCCUGUUCCUAUCUAACCAAUGCAUUCACAAAAGUUUUGAGCGCUCUGGUGUUUUUCAUCGGAGUAUUUGUCGCGAUGCGUGGACAAAAUUUCUUCAAAACCUCGAUGAUACUCUUGGGACUGUUGUUCGGUGGUUAUAUUGGCUACACCAUCGGUCUAUACUACGAAACAUUCAACCUUACAGGUAUCAUCGUUAUAGGAAUGAUCACUGGAAUAGUGAUGAGCUCUUUAUGGCUGCUGUUAUGGAUGUCUUGGAGUAGUCCAAUUCCUUCGUUGACUCUCACCGGCGUCACGCUGGGGUCGUUCUUUUUCUACAUAUUUUACUUCGCUGUACCAGCUGGAGCAUGGUACCUAGAAAUGGACUCUUAUUACUGGCUUAUAUUCACGACUUUUGUCGUUAUGACUUUCCUCGUGUUCAGCGUUGUGCCGCUCAUAGGAAAUAUCCUGUGCUUCACUAUUUUAGGAUCUUACGUGUCCAUCCUAGCCGUGGAUUACUAUGUUGGAUCGAAUCUUAAAUACAUAUUGAUCAAUAGUAUCAGACGAUCGACGGACGAUGAUUUCAAGUACGCCGUGAUUCAGCCUCCAUUUCAACGCAAUGAUAUUAUACUCACCUUAUCUUGGGCGUUCAUUGUAAUUGUUGGAAUUUUCAGGCAAUAUUCCAAUAACUUGAACAGACUUCCUUUUCCUCCGUCGACGCCAAAUACUGCCAGAUAUACUGAAAGAACUGCUAUCUUCAGUAGACGAAGAUAUGAAGCCGAAUAUCAGACUUUCCACAAUCCUCCUGUUUUUUAUUAAACCAAAAAAAUAUUAUAAAGAUUUGAGCAUGCAAACGUUUUAUGUGGAAAAACGCAUGCACGAACUGAAAAGUUAUUGACUAAAAUGUUACACAUUUAUAAUUAUGUCAUUACCAAACAAAAUUGACUGUUAAAACUUAGUCUUUUAUACAUAUUUUGUUUGUUAAAAAAAGAAAAAAUUAUUUCAAUGACUUUACAGAAAAUAAUGAAACUUAUCCAGAACGCUUUUCGUUCAAAUUUUAUA